AUGCGCGCGGCCCGCCGGCUGGCGCUCGCCCCCCCGGCGCGGGCGUGGCGCGGCGCCGCUCCCGUGGCGCCGUCUUCGCUGCUGCGCGGGGCCCUCGGGCCGCGGUCCUCGGCGGCCUCCGCAGGUUCGCCGGCCGAGGAGGCGCCGCAGUCCUCGCCCGCCGCGGCGAGGCAGCCGGUGUGCCUCUACGCGGCGCGGGCGGGCAUGGCCGAGGCCACGGCGGAGGCCAGGAAGAGGUGUCAGAUGGCCGCGGCGCUCGGCGCGAUGGGCUUCACGGGGGUCCUCAUCUCCGCGGCGCAGACGGUCCUGACGGUGUCCACGCGCACGCUCUGGACGCUGGCGGCGCGGCACGUGGAGCGGGUGUCGCUCCUGCAGCCGGCGGCGGGCCAGGGGGCCGCGCCGACGCCAGUGGACGCCGAGAUCGAAAGUUUCGCGCAGGCGAAGGAGGUGCACCUGCGCAUCGAGAGCACCAACGUGGUGAGGGAGCUUCGGCUUGAGGAGCCCAACUCACCGUGGGAGGGCGCCCGGUUUCAGGGUCUCGUGGAGGAAACGCGGGUGCCGUUCCGGGAGCUGUGCGACAGGGGCGCGCUUUUGUACAUCGACCCAGAGUCGGGGGACUGCUGUGGCCACCGCCAGCUGCUAGACGCGCUGUUGACGAGCGAGAAGGUGGUGGCCGACGAGCUGAUGGAGCUGCGCAUGGACGCCGACGAGGAACUGAGGCCCCCAGCGAAGUACAUGAGCAUCGUCGUGCCGAGCUUCAAGGACCUCCGGCCCGGUGAGCUUCGCUCUUCGUCCAUCGGUAUGGCUCUGGGCGGAGCGGACACGCCUGCGCAGGCGUCGGCGCGCCUGGCCCAACGGUCCGUCAUGGGCGGCUCCCUGCUCCUGAUGACUGGCCUGCUCUUCGUCGGGAAGGAUCGGGGCUACGACCACAGCAGGAGCACCGACGGCGCGCGCUGA